UUUGUUUAGUGUAUGAGUUUUUCAGAUUUCCGAAUCCCUGUGACAUAAGAGCGUUGACUUCACUCAGUGCAGUAGCUGCAUGAAACCCUUGAUCCUGAAAUUAAUCCACGUAGGUUAUUUUUUAUUUUUAUAAAGAAUCAGUGGAGUUUUUUUAGUUUUUUUUAAGAGGCAAUCAUGAUCAGCCGUAACUUCAAAAAUGUGUUGGUGGUUUCUAUCGGGUUCCUGUCUCUGUUCACGGCUUACGGAGGACUGCAGAGCUUACAGAGCAGUCUGAACGCAGAGCAGGGGAUGGGCGUGGCGUCUCUGAGCGUCAUCUACGCCUCCAUCAUCAUCUCCUCCAUGUUCCUGCCCCCCCUCAUGAUCAAAAACCUGGGCUGUAAAUGGACCAUCGUUGCUGGCAUGGCCUGCUACGUCUCCUACUCUUUUGGAAACCUCUACCCGGGAUGGUCCCAAACCCUAACCCUAGGACCUUGUAGUCCUCCCAGAAAUGCAUUGUUGUGUAUUGUGACAGCUGCUAUCCCAGAAGAGCAGCUGGUGACCUGCGGAGCGGCCGACUGCGGCCUCGACAUCAGCGUCAACAGCACGAGCACCAGACCGGCCCAGGAGCUGGUGUGGACCCUGGUCGGGAGUUACAUCGGCGUGGGGGUGCUGGCCAUGCUCAUCGUGGCCGUGUUUCUGGACAACAUCGACCGGGAGCAGUCCAGUCAUUUCCGUGGGAACCGGGAGCCGUUCUGCCAGACCUUCCUGGCCACGUUCAGACUGCUGAAGGACUGGAGGCUGGUGACCCUCAUCCCCCUCACCAUGUACAGCGGCUUCGAGCAGAGCUUCCUCUCCGGGGAGUACACCAAGAACUACGUGACGUGUGCGUUGGGGAUCCACUACGUCGGAUACGUGAUGAUGUGCUUCGGAGCCGCCAACUCGCUGUGCUCCUUCCUCUUUGGAAGACUGGCUCGGCACACCGGGAGGGCGGCGCUCUUCUUCCUGGCUGCGCUGGCCAACUUCGCCUGCAUCAUGGCUCUUUUGUUCUGGAGGCCUCAUCCUGACGAGCUGCCCGUCUUCUUCGUGUUUCCUGCUCUGUGGGGGAUGGCCGACGCCAUCUGGCAAACUCAGACCAACUCUCUUUACGGCAUCCUGUUCCCCCGACACAAAGAGGCGGCGUUCGCCAACUACCGGAUGUGGGAGUCGCUCGGCUUCGUGAUCGCCUUCGCCUACAGCACCUUCAUCUGCCUGGAGUACAAACUGUACAUCCUGCUGAGCGUGCUGCUGCUCACCGUCGUCACGUACCCCGUGGUGGAGUACUACGAGUACAAGAACCCCACCCCCCCCAUUCAGGAGGGGGCCUACACAAGUCACAAGGAAACCACCCAAAUAUAUGACAAACAUAUCAUCUCUCAGACCGAAAUCUAGAGACUUAAUGUCAAAUGUUUUACUUUUUUUUUUUUUUUUUACAUCCUUGUCUGUCCAUUGAGCUGAUGAUGAUUACAACCGAUGCCAAAAUUGUUCAAAUUACCCAGAAGCACAGAGUGAGAUUGAUGGAAGUCCAAUCAGAAACGUGUCUACUUGUAUCGUGGCAACCAGUCUAAACUGCCCACUGACACAGCUGGAACUGCGUACUUGACUCAGCGAUGAGUCUCUAUAGCUGGUUUUGGGGUGGACUACUUUGUGUUGUGUGCAUUGAUCUGAUCCCUGUGAAGCUUGUGUUGCAUCUCCAGGUAAUCUGCAGGUUAGAGACGAGUGAUGUCCUUCGUAAAUGCCCAGACCAACAAUGUUAUCCUCUCCGAUUUAAUCUCCUUUCUUUGUGUGUGUUAAAGGCAGUUGUACUGUAUGAGAAUGUGUGUAAUUAUCAAACCAACUGAAUGUCUGUAUGACUCUACUGUAAC